UCUGCGGUGAUACUCCAGGAACGAACCAAAAAAAAUAAUCAAGAAGCAUAAUUCAAUUUGCAGUUGAAGUGAAGCGAAAGAUGGUUAUGACAGAGAGGAGGAGAGAAUCUGUGUGAGUGUUAGGUAUGAGUUUGAAAGAGAAAGCAGAGAGUGUGUGCGCCUCGCCAUGGCUGAAACUCUCGAAGGAUGUUGACCCCAAACAUGCUUCCAACACCUUGUACUACGUUGACGCUGUGGAGGCUGCAAUUCCUGUUCCUCGUAACUGCAACGCGCGUGGCUUCUACGACCACUUAUUUAGGAACUUCAUCAAGGUCGAUCACAUCCAACGUGGACGAAUCCAAUGCACUCUUCUCGCCAAACCACUCAUCUGCAAUGGCUAUGGAACUCUGCAUGGAGGGGCUGUUGGGUCCUUGGUUGAGAUUCUGUCUACUGCUUGUGCUAGAACUGUAGUUGCUGAAGAGAAGGAACUUAUUCUUGGGGAAAUGAACGUUUCUUACCUCUCUGGCACUCCAGCAAAUGAAGAAGUGCUAGCUAAUGCCACUGUCAUGAAGUCUGGAAGAAAUUUGACUGUUGUUGCAGUUGAGUUUAAACUGAAGAAAACUGGGAAUUUGCUCUAUAUUACUCAUGCUACCUUCUAUAACAUGCCAGUUUCCAGUUUAUGAAUAUUUAGCUUCCUGGUGGAUGUUGUUCAGCAGUUUCAUUUUAAUGUUUUUUCCAUAACAUGAUUCUUCAAAUCAGGCCGAUUCUUAUCAGUGAUAAAUUUUUAGUGCUUUAUUGUUAUGUUAAUUAUGACUAUUGCCAUAGCCAUCAUGUUGAUAAAUUUCUUAUAUAACAAAUAUGAUAAUGUUAAAAAUAGAAUGUAAUAACCAUUAAUUUAGGACUUGCCAAAGUCUAU